GCAACAAGCAAAACUGGGAGUACAAUCCAGAUAGAGCGCCUAAGGAAGCGUCAGUGCCCAAACGGUGAAGGCGAACAAUCCAGAGAGAUGGACAAUGUACAGAACUCGAGCGAGAACUUUGUUGUGAAAGAAAUACGCGACAACAGUAUUGCGCAAGAAUUACGUAAUAACGACAAUGAGGAGGAGGAAUCGAGUGACGACGAUAACGAGGAGGAAUCAAACGACGACGAUGACGAGAAGGAGGAAUCAAACGACGAUGACGAGGAGGAGGAAUUGAGCGAGGAUGAGGAAUCAGAAGACACAGACUCUGAGGACAAUGAAGUAAAAGACGCGUCAGAAGUUGAUGUCAACAUGUUYAGGAAGAGUCUAUCUGGAAAACUUUUAGGAGAAGCGAAGCAGAUAGUGGCACAGGAGGUGAGAAAAGGAUUGUACAGCAAAUCAAGCAAGAGCGAGAAAUCUCCUUACAACUUGGGAAAGCGCGGCAGAAACGUACGUGUGUACAACAAGAAAGCGAACUACCACGUGAACAUGAAGAAUGUUGAAGUAAUUCUCAAGGAAGAUUGUUGCAAGGCCAAAUGUUACUUGAAGUUCACGGUAGAAGAUGUUUUCUACAAGCGAGAAGAAAUUUGGGCGAUGAAACAACCUGAGCAAKUCAACUUCCUUYUCGCAGAGAUGAGGGUUGCGUCRUAUUUYUCGGAUGAUGGAGAUGUAGAGGUGUUAAGARUGACAUUCAAYGRCAUAAAGGUUUGCACAAAAGCGUGGGGAAAGUUGUAUGGAUGCUCGACUACACAUGUUGCAAGACUACGCAAAGACUUCAGAGACGGACUAGUGUUAUUUCAGCUUACUUGUCGGGGUGAGGACAAGAGGCGUGACAAGGUCGGCAGCAGCGAAGGUCAUGUUCGUAAUCGAAAAACGGGASGGUCUUCGAAAUUCAAGGUUAACGAUKAUGUACUUUCCAUCGCAGCCUUGAAAGYCAAUGUUCAAGGUUUGUCGAAUUAUGCUCAACCCCAUAACAUUGAAUGGUGGAAUAAGUUCAUAGCAACGCAGGAAACACUCGACCUUGAGGACAAAAGUCUCAAAGAGCCUUUCACGUGGCCCUCUAUCGAAGUUGAUGUCAACAAACCAGGUGAAGAAGUUUCUUCAACGGUUACCGAUGUCGGCUUCGAUCAACGCUGGGAUGAUCUUUUCCCUCCGGAGAGACCCAUCUACAUCGGUGCUCGCAAGAACAGACAGUUCCGAGAGGACAGAGACGGAAAGUACGACAAUCUCGAGGUCAACACUUUCAUCGCACUACGAGCUUGUCCGGGCAGGAAGAGAGAGACAAACCUUACCACAUUGGCAAGGUUGUCGAGCUGCUAGCAGAUAAACGAUUCAAAGUCGC